AUGCUUUCCUUUUCAACCCCACCCCUUCUCUACCUAAAUCUCAUCCUUUUUCUGUUGUAUCACUCCACUGUUCUCUCCUGUCGGACUGGGAACCACAGUCAGUGUGAGUCCGCUCCCUUUGUACCAGGCCACAACCUGGUGGGGGAGGGCUUUGAUGUGGUCACCCUGCAGCGUAAAGGAGCCUACAUGGUUGAUGUGAGGACCUAUCUCUCCGCAGAUGGCACCUGUACCCUCUGCUCCAACCCUCUUCAAAGCGACCAGCUGCAGAAACUGCCGCUCUCUGCAGUGAACUGGCGUGCGUUCAAUCGAUGCAAUCUCGACAUCUACAGCAGUGCACACACCUCUGUUAGCUCGUUGAUUGAAAGUUACACCUCCCAGGAAAGUAGUGACUGGAAGAUUGGCCUAAAUUUAGACAAGUUUGUGUCAGUCGGCCUGGAGGUGGGAGGAACACGCUCCACUGCCUAUAAGUUUGCAUCAGAGAGGACCAGAGAGGACCGCCACUCCUUCAGCACUCACAGACUCACCUGCAGCCAUUAUCGUUACCGUGUGUCAAGCAGACCGCCCCUCAACUCAGAGUUCAGAAAGGAUGUGGCCAGACUGCCAAGUCUCUACAACAACUCCACCAGGGCUCAGUACAUUGAUCUCAUACAUACCUAUGGCACACACUACAUCCGCCAGGUUUAUCUUGGGGGGCGUCUCAGGCGGGUCACAGCUGCACGUACCUGUUUGUCCACACUGAAUGGGUUCACCUCAAAUGAGGUCCACAACUGCUUAUCCCUGGGUGUCUCUGUAGGCCUGGGGAUGGUGAGUUUAUCUGCUAGCCAAAAGUCUUGCAACAAAGUCCUACAGAACCAGGAUCUCACCACCUCGUACAGCUCUGGUCUACACCAACACUACACAGCGUUGAUAGGAGGCACCGGUUGGUUGGGGGAGUUUUCACUCUCUCACAAUGACUCCAUGGGUUACAGGAAAUGGCUGAAUACCCUUAAGGACCACCCAGAUAUUGUUUCAUACUCCCUUAGGCCAAUGUAUGAGCUGGUGCCAAAUAAGAAGAAGAAGGAAGGGAUGAAGGCUGCCAUAGAGCAAUACUUAGAAGACAAUGCCACAAAUAAGUCAUCACCAGGUUGUGGGUCAAACUGCUGUCCUAAACAGGCCUCAAGGGGAACACUGGUGGUGACCAUCAUCAGAGGAUGGAAUCUGAAAGGAGAUUUAAUUGACCCGACGGACAGCUAUGCUAAGAUGUGGUACGGUCCCCACCAUCGCAGGACUCAUAUGAUCCGCUCAAACGACCCCUUGGUGGAAGCGCCGUUUAUGAUACUGGGGAGAUACCGUGAAUGGGACAAUACUGCAGUAAACGACAAGAAGGACGAGACCAACGACCAAGUGCACAGCAACAACCAGUAG